AUCAUAGUAUUCAGGCACCAAAGGAUAAAUUUCCCGUGUUUUCGAUGGGAAGAAACACGCAGCCUCCGAAUUAUCCCUCAAUAACAGUGGCCAGCCCUAAAUGAGCCAAAAGGGCUGAUGGCCGGAUGUUUCUCACCAGAAAUGAACAAUGAGAAAAUGGUCGAUUACAAGUAUUGGCAGUGACAGUUGUUCCUAGCUGUAUCUGUUGAUGGAAAUGCAAUCUCUCAAACAAGCACAGCGCUUCCUUCAGUUCCUUUCUCAUCCACCAAAGCAAUAUACUAUCAUCUCUCCUCUCCUUCAUCAAUCCUAUGCAUCAUCAUCGUCGUCAUCAUCAUCAUCAUCAUCUUCUUCUUGUUUUUCUUCUUCUUUGAGUGAAAUUGAUAAGCCCGCUAAUUCAGAACUAGAGCUAACACAGCAAGAGCUAGCUAAAAUCAACCUGUUGAUACCUCGCCUAUGCCUUUCUGCCCAUCUAACCACAGCAAUCCAUCUAACUGCCACUGCCCUUCUAGCAAAACCAUCUCAUAAAUCCAUUUCUUUCUCCAUUCUGAUUCACUCGCUCACUUCCCAACCUGACAUGACCAAAUCCAUGUCACUUCUUACCAUUCUUAGACAUACCCCACAGGCCCAUCCUCAUCUCACUCCGAUCACUGUCAUGCUCAUUAGGUCAUAUGUUAAAAAGAAGAAGCUCAAAGAGGCUUUCAAAGUGUAUCAUUGGAUGCUUAGGCCUGGAUCCCCAUGUAAAGUGGAAAAGCUUGUGUAUGAGCUUUUGGUUAAUGGGUUUUGCGAAUUUGGGCUGAUUCUUGAGGCUUUGAGGGUUUUGAGGGAUAUGGUGGGUGUGGGUUUUGUGCCUGGGGAUCGGUUAAGGAAAAGGGUUUAUAGGAGUUUGUUGAGAGAGGCUAGGGUGUGGGAUGCAAUUAGGUUGGAUGAGGCUUCGUGCAGUUGUUUUGGUGAUGCCAAUAGUGACGGUGUUAAACAACUGACAGAAAUGUUGGAUUCUAUGAUUGGAAGCUGGACAGAGUAGGAAAAGAAGUGCAAAAGUGAAUUUUUGAAAAUUCCUUGCUCCUACUUUCCGCUUUUAGUUUUGGAUGAUUUGUGGCUGUUCCCGUGUAAGAAUGAUCAGGUAUUCUAGAUUUUCAUGAAAUGAAGAUUUCGAUUCAUGAUUGGGAUUUCGAUCAAGAAGUAUGUGGCAUAGAGAGAGAGGUGGGAAGAAAGAUGGAUCCUCUCGGUGAAUUUGGUGCUUGAGAUAAGUUAAUUGUAUGAAACAAGAUAAUGAUCAUGGUAGUGUUUGCUUCA